UUGAAAAAAAAAAAGGUAGUGGUAAAAAACCUGGGAAACGAAACAAAAUCAUACGCAGGACUCGAGUACACAUUUUCAAAGCACUAAGAUUAAUUGCGAGAUUAGUUUCAGAAUAUAAUUGGUAAUAUAAUUGGAAUAUAAUUCAGUAAAUAAUUGGUCCGAAAUAGUAGCCCUUGUGCACUCAAUACUUGGGCUGCCUGUGUCGUGUGUCCCCUUCAUUGAAUCCCGUGUGGGAACAUAUCGCAUAAGCUGCUGCUAUAUCACGUAAUAUGCCAGCAAUCUGGCUUUUCCUGAUGGCCUUGCCAUUUGCCAGAAGUUUUAAGGAGUGCAAAAAGGUAGAUGCGUGUAGGUGUCAGACAGAUGAAGGAGAAAUCGACCUAAGAAACUUAGCAGGCAAAGACGGAAAGCCAAGGUUUUCAGACAUUUCAGAUGCUAAAGCAGACCAGAAAUCAUUUUUGUAUGAUUUUAACCCUUGCAACCCUUGGACAAAACCGAAGCCUGCAGUCCCUCUUACUUAUUCCUGUGAUAAUGUCGCUGCAUGUUUAACAAUAGCAACCACAUCACUUCUUAAUAUUGGUACUCAAGACUCGGCUCAGUGUGUUCUGGAUAGAACAUCAGGAAGCUGCAGCUUAGUUUUUACUGGAGAGGCUGUCGGAGAAAUAACAACUACCCAUAUUCAAUUGAAGUGCAGAGAAGGUGUCGAUGGCAUUUUAGACCCUUUUAGAUCAGAUAUGGACACAAGGGUGUUUAGAAGCACACUCCAUUCUAAAUAUGUGUGCAUGAGUGGGUUGAGUGUUGGUUCAAUAUUGCUGAUAAUAUUUUUUACCCUUGUGGUAGUAUACCUCAUAACUGGAAUAGUAUUCAACAAGUUUAAGAAGGGAGCAGAAGGCAAGGAGGUCCUACCGAAUCUUGCAUUUUGGGUUGAUUUCCCUAUACUUGUAAAGGAUGGUAUCAUUUUCACCAUUCAGAGUUCCAAGAAAUGCUGUUCGUCAAGUGAAUAUAACAAAAUAUGAUGUUAUUUUAUUUUUAUUUCAUCGACUUUGUGAUAAUGAUAUUUUUUGUUUAAUUAAUUAGUUUUACAUACUGUUACCUCACUUUCGUACCAGCUUUUUCUGUAGUUUUUUUUUCUGGAAAUUGUUAUGAAAUUUUUUUUUUCAUCAGUUAUUUUUGAAACAGUUUAGAUUUUUGUGAAUUAAAUUUCAUUUGCUUAUAACUACUUUAUCAAUGAAGCAUGAUUAGCCAUGAGGAACUUAAGUAUGCCAUCAUUCAGCACAUUUGAUUAUUUCAAUUAUUCAUCAGCAGAUGACAGUAAAUUAUGAUUUAUAUGAUAUUAUAGAUUUAUUAUAGACUGUCUCAAUUGCAUGUUAAUCAAAUAAAAAUUGUGUUAAAAAUUGAA